AUGAGCGCCGACGCAAUUCCCGACUUUCUGGCGGAGCAGCGCGACGAGGCCCCCGAGGAACUCCAGCAUCUCGUUCUGGAAUUCGAGAACUACUGGGAGCGGAAGCUCUGGCACCAGCUUACCGAUGCCCUCGGCCAGUUCUUCAGUCACCCGGGCAGCAAACCCCAGCGGCUUUCCUUCUACAAGGUCUUCAUUCUCAAGUUUGCGGAUAAGAUCAAUCAACUCAAGCUUGUCGACCUGGCCUUAAAGGCUGCUACAGAAUGCAGUGAUGACGAAGAGCGCCUUACAUUCCUCCAAGGCGUUGCGAAGAAGGUGGACAACGAGAACUCACAAGACGCCCUUGUGUACGCUUCUGUUGCAGUGGCUAGAGUCAAGUUGGAUUUGGAGGAUAUGGAUGGCGCCCGAAAGGACCUCGACACGGCCGAGAGAAUACUGGAUAGCUUCGACUCCGUUGAAACGAUUGUUCACGCAGCGUUCUACGAUGCGAAUGCCAACUACUACCAGCGCAAGAUGGAGUUCGCAGCCUACUACCGCAACGCCCUUCUCUACCUCGCCUGCAUCGACAUCAACUCCCUGACACCCCAGGAGCGACACAGAAGAGCAUUGCACCUCAGCAUCGCCGCAUUAGUCUCCGAUACCAUCUACAACUUUGGUGAGCUGCUAUUGCACCCCAUCCUCGACGCCCUCAAGGGUACACAGGACGAGUGGUUCCGCGACCUUCUCUUCGCUUUCAACCGUGGCGACCUUCAAGGCUUCGAAGCUCUUUCGGCUCGCAUGCGGGCCAAGCCGUUGCUCGCCGAGAACGCCGGCCAUCUUCGCCAGAAGAUCUACCUCGCAUCCCUCACCGAGGCCGUCUUCCGCCGGCCGCCCCACGACCGCGCCAUGUCCUUCGCCGAUAUCGCUCAGGAGACCAAGGUUCGCCCGAACGAGAUUGAGCACCUGAUUAUGAAGGCCUUGAGCUUGGGUCUCCUGCGCGGGAACAUUGACCAAGUCGACGAGGUGGCGCACAUCACCUGGGUCCAGCCGAAGGUGCUUGACAUGAAACAGAUUGGCAACAUGCGUCAGCGGCUGCUCGAUUGGGACUCGCAAGUCAACCAGCUCGGUAACUGGAUCGAGACUGCCGGCGGUGAUGUGUGGGCGGCUUAG